CGACCCAGCUCAUCCAAAGCACUGUUGACAAUCCCUGAGCCCUUUCCCGCAACUGCCGGCUGCCAGUCCAAUCAGCUUGCACUAUUGUUGCUCCUUGUCGAGCUCUGCAAAGAUGUCGACUGGAAUGCAACUACGCAACGGUCAUAUUGUAGGUCAAAAUAUCCUGCCGGUGCAAGGUCGGCCGGCCUUUGAGGAGGGCGUCCGGCUCAUUUUCGCGAAGUGGACGGCGCUGGCGCUUGCUGUGGAGAACCAGUGGGGCGGUGGAAACAGCAAGGAGAAAGCCGAGCUACUUUACCAGGACUGCCUGGACUGGUUCUACAAGAAGCGCGAGCACUGGGCUGACGAGCUGGAGGAGGAGCUGGACGAGGCGCUGCUGCAGGACUUCCACGUGGAGGCGGAGGACGGCAGCCCCAAGCUGAUCGCCGAGGGCCUGGUGAAGCUGUACCAGGAGUUGGUGGCCGGGUCCACCGCCUACCUAGAGCACCUGAGGGCCAUGGCGGCGGCGGGCGCACGGGCAUGCAAGCGACAGGUGGUGGACCUGGACGGGACGGUGGUGGCGGAGGAGGACGCGGACGGUAUGGAGACCAGCAGCGACGAGGGAGACGACGAGGAGGGGGAGGACAGGGACGGGGACACGGAGAUGGGGGGUGGGAGCGAGGCGCCGCGUGGCGUGCCGCUGGAGCCGCCGGCGCCACGUGUGCCGGUGGUGGAUGAGGAGGGGUUCACAAUGGUGCAGGGCAAGGGGCGGAAGGGGCGGCGGUGAUGAAGGCUGGAGUCAGGGUGUGUGUGGCGGAUGGGGUUUUGUUUGUGUGCGUGUGGGGGUGGGGGUGGGGGUGAGAGGGUAGGAGACAGAGCGAGAGAGAGAGGGGCGUGUGGGAUUUGCGGAUGGAUGUAUGCGCGUGGUGGUUUGGUGGUUCCGGAGUUGGGACGGAUGUGCGCUGGCCCGCCGAGCCGCGCGGUGUUGUGGGUUUGAUUGAUACAGGUUGGGAAGCAGCGGGCAGGCAUGGUGGAUAGGCGGUGCAACCAGGGGGGCUGAACGAAAUUCGGUUGCGACGAAUGGCGUGAGUGUGACCAUGUCAAACAACCAAAGAGUAGUACGCACGUGGGGGAUUGGUCGUGAGGCGCUGGAUGGAGGUGCAUGUGACAGGAAGUAAGAGUGCAUUCUUGCCCAAGCAGCCCUACCGAGUCCUCUGACUCCUCUCUUGUAACCAAUGCAAUCU